GUCCCGGCGCCGUCGCUCGCGUUGCCCGCGCGGAACCAGCUCCCGGAGCUGUCUGGGUGGCGGGCGAGGGGAGAGCAGGCUUAGGCGAGCCAGAGGAGGCGCAGGCCCGGCCCGGGCGCUGCAGGUCAGUGUGAAGGUCUGCAUGUCUGUUCCCAGCACUCUGCAAGGCUAGAAAAGGAGGAGGAACCUUUCCAGAAUCCCUGCAGGACAGGAAAACGAGGGGACAUCUCAACAUGGAAAAACUCUGCAAUGAAAAUGAAGGAAAGCUGGAAAGCGAAGGAAAGCCAGAAAAUGAAGUAAAGCCUGAAAAUCAAGGAAAGUCAGAUGAGGAAGAAAAGCCAGAAGUGGAGGGGAAGUCAGAACACGAGGGAGAGCUCCAGAAUGAGGGACGGCCAGAAGACCAGGGACAACCAGAAGAUGAGAGGAAGAGAGAAAAGCAGGACAAGUCCGAAGCUGAGGGAAAGCCACACGGUGAGGGCAAGGUGGAAUCCCAGGCAAAGCCAGAGAGUCAGCUGCGGGCUGCCGAAAAGCACACCGCUGAAGACUAUGUGCCCCGGAAAGCAAAAAGAAAAACGGACAGGGGGACGGACGAUUCCCCCAAGGACUAUCAGAACAACUUACAGGAAAGGCAUCUGGGCAGUGAGGAGAUGAUGACAGAAUGUGCAGAUAUGUCAAGGGCUCAGGAAGAGCUAAGGAAAAGACAGAAAAUGGGUGGUUUUCAUUGGAUGCAAAGAGAUGUACAGGAUCCAUUCACCCCAAGGGGCCAAUGGGGUGUCAGGGGAAUGAGGGGCGGAGGUAGGGGCCAGAGGCGCUUACAUGGUAUCCCAUAUCUUUAAUGCCUUUGGCCUUCAAUUCUGACUCCUCUAAUGAGAAUAUUGCUGACCCUGCUUUCCCUGGCAGGCAUUUGCCAUGCUAUGUGCUUUAAUCUUAAGCUGAUUCUUUGCUUUUGCUUUAGGUGUCACUCUCAUUACCAGCAGCCUUUUGAUCCAACUACAGUGCUCUCUGUGUUUCAGUAGGGGAUUUUCACCCAUGUGCAUGGAAGAGAUGUUCAUGGUACACUGUAAAACAACAAUAAAGAAAAAACAGUUUUCAGAUUCGAAUAUAUAGUAUCAAACCAUUUUUGAAAAAGUAUAAAUGUUUGUGUAAUGCAUCUGUGCACAGAAAAAUCUAAAAAUUAAGUGCUGCUUUUUUCUUGCUUUGGUAGCCAAAAAUACGUCUCACCUGCACUCAAAAAUAAGUCCAGUCACCUGAUGGUACCUCCACGCCAUUCCUCUGCAGAUGUGCCCAUCCCCAUGUCUUCUCCUAGUUGGAACCAUGUCAAUGGGCACUGCUGUCCUUUCUCUGAGUCCUUUACCGUCCUAUGGCUCCAACCAUGUGUGAUUCUUUAUCUUUCUUUUCUUUGCUCACUCAUCUCUGCUUUUUCCUAAAUGAUAUGCAUUAUGUUAGUCAUUAAAAAACAACUAAGGGACUUCCCUGGUGGCACAGUAGUUAAGAAUCCACCUGCCAAUGCAGGGGACACAGGUUUGAUCCCUGGUCUGGGAAGAUCCCACAUGCCGUGGAGCAACAAAGCCCAUGCGCCACAACUACUGAGCCUGUGCUCUAGAACCUGUGAGCCACAACUACUGAAGCCUGCAUGCCUAGAGCCCGUGCUCCACAACAAGAGAAGCCACUGCAAUGAGAAGCCCGCAUGCUGCAAAGAAGAGUUACCCCUGUUCGCUGCAACUAGAGAAAGCCUGCGUGCAGCAACGAAGACCCAACGGAGCCAAAAAGAAAGAAAGAAAGAAAGAAAGAAAUUUACUGAAAAAAAAAAAAACUAAGACCAGAAAACAAUACAUGAUAAGUGAUUGGACUGUUCAGUGAGUUUUUGAGAGCAAUGAAGACACAAUAUUCCUGUUGUUAGAAUGUACAAUAAUAGGUAAAACUCAUAUUAACUCUGGUACCCAGAGCUAGAGGAAUCAACUUGGCAGUUAUAACAGACACACUGUUGUAAGGGUCAGUGUUGUCAUCUGUAAAAUGGGGAUAAUAUUUGCCUCAUGGGACUACCAAGUGGACCAAAUGAGGUACUGAGUAUAUGAGAUGUGUUGUGACCUAGCCCCCACCAGAUACCUGGGGAAGGAAUGGCUCCCAUACCACUCUCAUGCACUAGCAGGUAUGUGGAUGGAAUCAGACUCUUAGAGGAGAACUGAGCGAGGUCUCACUUGUGCCCAGGAACAAGUUCAGGCAGCUGAGAGAUAGGUGCCACUCUCUCCGGGAUACUGCCAUGUCUGCUGGGCACUGUGCUUCUUCUCCUGGGUCCUGUACUCAUUACUGAUACUGUGUAAUGAGCUGGAGGGUGUAAGGUGCCAAAGCCAUAUCAAUUUCUCUGGAGUCACUGACCACCUACCCUUGACCUCUAUAGAAGUGUGGAUAAAGCCCUCUCUUCACUUUAGAGUUACGGUUACCCUGUUACCUGUGAGUAUCCCCCUAGUGCUACUUGAGACUAGUACCUUUCAGACUCUUUUUAAGCAAAAUGAUCAUUUAUGUAUAUUUUGUUGGUUUGCGUGUUUUUGCAUACAUAAGCAUCCUUCUUACCAAAUUCAGAUGUUACAGGUUAGACCAGGGGGGAAAUAUCUGCAUGGUAGAAACUGCUAUUCUCACAGGUUAAUAUCUCACCUGCAGUCUCUCCUUCCUAGGUUGAAUUCUCUCCCAGGAAACUCUUGUCAGGCCCUGCGUUAGCAGUUCAGCAGACCCAUCAACAUAUUUGAUUUUUAGAUCCUUAUCAGUGAAUAUGUGGUGCAUACACCAGCUGCAUCAGCAUAACCUGCGAGCUAAUUAGAAAUGCAGAGUCCCAGGCCCUACUCAGACCUACUGAGUUGGAAUCUUCAUUUUAACAAGAUCCCCAGAUGAUUCCUAUGCACAUUGAAGUUUGAGAAGCACUGGCUUAGAGGGAGACUCUUUUUAGGCUUUCCACUCCCACCUUCACAUGAAGGAUGUGCCUGAAAGGAUAAGUAUAUGCCCCAUAUAAGAUACACAUCAUAGAUUAUUAAACAGACCCAUGUUUGUCAAUCUGCAGUUACCCCUCCCCCCAUGCAUUAGUAGGUCUUGAAAUUAAUUCACUGGGUCAGGACUUGUAAUUUUUUAAUGAACUAGAAUAAAGUUGAUUAGAGUCAAAUAUAAAAUAUCAAAUUGAAGAUAGGGUGAAUAUUGUUUUGUGAAAUUUAUAUUUCACUUAUGUAUGUAUGUAUGUGCACCAUGAGUUGUGAUGAAAAGUAUAUUUCUGACUGUGGGCUGUGGUUUUCAAAAAAUUGAGAAACUUGGCACUGGACUCUUUGCAUUGCAAAGAAUAUCCAGUCCAUUUCAUACUUGUAUCCCUAGUGCCCAGCACAGUACCUGACAAAUAGUAGGUACUUAUUAAAAGUGUAAAUAAUAAUGACUAAUUUAGGAACUCAAAUUUUUCUCCAAGUUUAGCCUCUGUCUACACAAAUAACCUUGGAAAAAUAACUUCAGUUGUCGAACAGGGGUUACUUACAAUUCCAAAAUGAUCCGCAAGCCAUGGGCUUCACGGCCUGGAUAGGAACUACUGCAAUUCACAGCUAGAGCUGUCAUUAGUAAAAGAAAUAUACACUCAGCAGCACCAAGGAGAGCUCCUGGGCUGGAGAAAGUGGAAUUUCUUAAGCCCAGAAGACAGGUUCUGCAAAGUGAAACUAAACAGCUGUGGAAUCUGUGCUGUAAAAGGGCCCAGUGAAGGGCUCUGUGUUGCCACAGGAGCAUAGCCUCACAAAAGAACAGAAGCAUGCCUGCCAGGGUGGGAGGCCAGGGGUGAGGGGCUUCCCUGGAGGGAUAGCAGCUGAGCUACCAGCAGAUGGUCUUUCUCCACUUAGCCUGAGGGAAUCAAGGACUUGGGUUUUAGAGACAACAUAUAUCAUGUUGGUUUUGUGCUUGAACUCCCUAUGAUUCCCAGUUCUGAGUGGUGCCCAGAGCAAGAAAAAGAUCUACAGUAGGUCCAGGCUGUAGGGCAAGUUUCUCUGACACUUCAGCUUCAUGACUCUGCAGACCCGAUUGUAUUGUAUUCCUGCUAGACAGAGUCUAUGAAGCCUUAGAAAGCCCCAGUAGUAAAAUUACAAUACACACCCGAGUGUUUUAGAGAAAACAACAUGCCCUCUUCUGUUGGCAACUAGUCUCCAUUUGAAAACUGCUUGUAGCUUGCUACCAGUCCUUGGUAAAGACUUAACAUCUGAUCAUGAGGUUUUAAUUUUCUGCGCAAAUGAGACA